CGCAGUGCGCAGGCGCUGCCGGAGAGUUUCCCGGGCUACCGUCCGCCCCUGCUAGUCUGUCGCCGGCUGGUCGGCCGCCCAGCGCCAUGGCGGGCUGUGCAGCGCGGGCUCCGCCGGGCUCCGAGGCGCGCCUCAGCCUGGCCACCUUCCUGCUGGGCGCCUCGGUGCUCGCGCUGCCGCUGCUCACGCGCGCCGGCCUGCAGGGCCGCACCGGGCUGGCGCUGUACGUGGCGGGGCUCAACGCGCUGCUGCUCCUGCUCUACCGGCCGCCGCGCUACCAGAUAGCCAUCCGAGCUUGCUUCCUUGGCUUCGUGUUUGGGUGCGGAGUGCUGCUCAGUUUUAGCCAGUCCUCCUGGAAUCACUUUGGCUGGUAUGUGUGCUCGCUGUCAUUGUUCCACUAUUCUGAGUACUUGGUGACAGCUGUCAAUAAUCCCAAAAGCCUAUCCUUGGAUUCCUUCCUCCUGAAUCACAGCCUGGAGUACACGGUUGCUGCUCUUUCUUCUUGGAUAGAGUUCACACUUGAAAAUAUCUUUUGGCCAGAGCUGAAGCAGAUCACUUGGCUCAGUGCCACGGGACUGCUCAUGGUGGUCUUUGGAGAGUGCCUGCGCAAGGCUGCCAUGUUCACGGCCGGCUCCAACUUCAACCACGUGGUGCAGAAUGAGAAGUCGGACACCCACACGCUGGUGACAAGCGGGGUGUACGCCUGGUUCCGGCACCCAUCCUAUGUGGGCUGGUUCUACUGGAGUAUCGGGACCCAGGUGAUGCUGUGUAACCCCAUCUGUGGGGUCGUCUACGCCCUGACAGUGUGGCGAUUCUUCCGAGAUCGAACUGAGGAAGAAGAGGUGUCGCUGAUCCACUUCUUCGGAGAGGACUACUUGGAAUAUAAGAAGCGGGUGCCCACGGGCCUGCCCUUCAUAAAGGGGGUCAAGGUGGACCUAUGAUGGGCGGGCCACAUAGGCCGACCACUGGGACGGAAGCGCUCUGGUCAGCACAGCAGAAUGGAUUUUCUUAAUCAUUUUUUACGUCACUAAUUACUCUUCUGGAAUGUCACCCAAGACCAUACGGUCAGAAGGCCUUAGGACCCAAAGCCCCGCUGGGGCACUCUUGUGCUGAACCCAGGUAGGGCAUAGGUUACCAAGGAAUGUGGAGCAGAUCACAGCAAUAUUUAUCCGUGCCGAUUCCCAGGUGACCGGUGAGGACCUGGGCCACGAGGCGAUGCCACUGUGUGUUCGCAUGGUGUCCGGGCCUCCUCAGGAGAGCAAGGUGCACAGCGCAGGACGUGUCUGCUGCUGGGGGUGGUGGGUGUCGCUGCAUGUCAGCAUUACAAAUGCACUGAAACCUUUUAAUUUCACUGCAGAGCAGCACAGCACAGGUUCAACCUCUCUCGUGUCCUUCGAUGCAUGCACGUCUGCAUAACUCCAGACCCUUCCUUCUCGCCCUUUGACCCCUCAUGCAUUUAACCAUAUUCACACGUCCACUUUUAUAAAUAGCAGGAUAAAUGCAAAGGAGCUCCCUGGGGCAUUCUAGUGCCAGCUUGUGUCAGUCAGCAGGUAAGCACAGACCUGACAAUGUGGCUGGUAGCUUUGGGUGACUGGCAUCCUAGGCCAGGAGACGGAGGCCCUGUGAGCCUCCCUGGGGUCCUGUUGCUGUUUCCUUCCUGUUUCUGAUGACAGACAGGUUAUACGUGUCAUUUUUCCUUUAUCCAGGAAGUACUUUCUGGAUA